AUGGUGGAAGCUUUAACUUCAGGAAUUCGCCUCUCAAUCAGUGAUGUUUUGCCUCUCUGCCGUGAAUUGCUGCGAUCUGGUGGGGAGGAGGAGCAAACCCGUCUCUGCUACCGUCUUGCGCGGACGAAUUUCAUCAAUCUUACCACUGAUCUCCUAAAGGGGGAUUUUUCACAAGACCUCUGUCCCUGGACCUGUGCCAUGGAGUACUGUGAUGCCCUGCUUCUAGUACUCUCCCGCACUUUGCUCCUAGACUGCGCGGAGAAUGAGGACCUGGUUACUAAAGUCAUUUCUGCUCAUCUGGUGCUAGCCUGCCGAAUUCAGGAUCGCUACAUUCUGUCAAUGGAGGUGGCCAGUCGAACAGCGAAGACCGGUCAAAGAUUCGUCAAACUGUAUAGAAGUGCUUUAGAGAAAUUGGCCAAUUUGUGCAAGAAAUUCCACGGACUCACCGCCCUAACCCUGGAGUCACAGUGGUUCCUGCAGAUUUUUGUGACCGACUUUGAGGAGCUUUCUUUGGCAAUGUUGGAGUAUUUGCAUUCAAUCUUGGAUUAUGAAGAAGCGGGUGCGGUCAAAAACGAGGCAGUUUACACCCAAAUCUCACGUCAACGACUGAUAAUCAUCCUAGACGAGGUCGUUUAUGCUCUAUCACGGGAUUGUUCAGAUGAUCUCUUCAUUCAGAGUGUCCGUUUCCUCUGCAGAAUGAUUGAAAAAGCGGAGAAAGUGCGGGAGACCAUUUUGAGCCGUUACCGCGGACUCAAUGUCUUCCUCCUGCGUCGCUUGGCUGCUGCAGGCACUCAGCGAACUGAUCUGGCGGUUCCCAACGAGAAGCUUUUCACCCAAACCCUCGAACUAUUGAAGUACACGCGGAACGCUGAGAUCGCUGUCAGAAUCCCGAGGGAGGGACUGGCGGAGGUGCACAGGGAGGCGAGUCAAGAGGUCGCUGUAAGGCAGAAGAUGGCCAAUCGAGGGAAAAGCGAGGAC